AUGAAAAAAAAUUUGGAAAUUGAUUUUCAAGAAUUUAUAAAAAAUGAAGAUGUUUAUCAAAUAUUACAUUGCACAAAAAAUGAUACUCAAACAAUCAUUCAAAAAAACUAUAAAAGAUUAAGAUUAAAAGUAAAGGAAAAAUCAAUGGAUCCACAGCAACAGGAAAAAGAAUUGAAAAAACUAGAUUUUGCUUACAAGAUAUUAUCAGAUGAAAAAUUAAAGAACAUGUAUGACCUAAAAUGUGAAUCAAUAAAAAUAAAAAAAAAAAGUUUUGAAGAUCUUAAACUCAAGAUUUUGGAUUUAAGCCUUUCUUUGAUGAGGUAUGCCGGUUCGAAAUUAUUACUUAAAAUACAAACUACAAAUGCCAUAGUAAGCAUACCAAUUCUCAUUAAAGAGAUUUAUAAAAAGAAAGGUAUUCAAGGAUUUUAUCGUGGUGUUUCAUUUUUCCCAGCAUUUACACUCACCGAGAUAAUAAGAUUAUGUUCAGUCCAUGCAGUUUUUAAUACGCCAAUUGAAGCUCCGCAAUCGCCAAGUUUAUGGUUUGCCCAUGAAUGCACAAGAGUUAUUUUACAAUAUCCAUUUUUGGUGGCAUUUGACUGUAUAUCAAUUUCGCCGUUAGAUGUCAAGCCUCGGUCUGUUUUAAAAAUGAUGUGGGGAAAUAAAAGAUCGUUUUACUAUGGUUUUAUAUACUAUGUCUUUAUUAGUUUAUCCUCCAAAUAUCUCACAAUGAUUAUCGAUCAAUUGGGUCUUAAAAUAAGAGAAUCUUAUACCCACCAUUUAAAUAAUUCCAUCACCAACACUCACAAAGCCGGAACCACAACCACCAAAAUUUUAAAAUAUUUAGAUUUAUUUUAUAAUAACAGGUUCACAAUGGUAUUUUUGGAUACAUUAGUUUGCUUGCCCUUAUUAUGUAUUCGUAGCCACUAUCCAUCAGAAAUUUUAGAAUCACUACUCAGCGACCAACCAUUACCCGUCCCAACAACCUCACCAUUUACAAUUUCAAAAAAUAUUUUCUCCCAGUUUGGAUUGGCAAAAUUUUAUAACGGUUUUAUUUUAUCAUGUAUCACAAAAUGCUUAUUUGUCCGAGAGAAUACUCAGGUAGUUCAAAAUAUUUUGUAA